AUCGUUGCAUUUGGCUUUCUGGUUUGGCGUACGACGAACGUUGUUUAAUUGGGUUCCACUUUCGACCCAAGAACAGCAACUACUUGCUUACUUCAGCUACUCCUCGGCUAUCUCUGUACUGUGUCCCGCACAUUCUUUCUCGCACUUUGAACGUCCUCUCUAGACAACAUGUUCAAAUCUCUGUUCGAGGCCGCGCAGAACUCAGCGUUCAAGUCGCCAUUCACCAGCGCUAACUGCCAGGCUGCAACCCCAUCGACCCCUCUGCUGCCCUCCGCUGUUGGCGAUGCAUCCCGCCAGUUGACCCCGAAUCACAAUUUCGCUGCCGCUGCAACUGCUCAGGGUGAUUCCUGUGAGUUUGGCUCCAAUCACUAUUUCGUGCUCUGCGGCCUGGGUGGCAUCAUCUCCUGCGGCACAACCCACACCAUGGUGGUGCCUCUCGAUUUGGUCAAGUGCCGUCUGCAGGUGGAUCCCGCCAAGUACAAGAGUGUGGUCAACGGUUUCCGCGUCAGCUUGGCUGAGGAGGGUGUCAGGGGUCUGGCCAAGGGCUGGGCGCCCACUUUCAUUGGUUACUCGAUGCAGGGUCUGUGCAAGUUUGGCCUCUAUGAAGUCUUCAAAGUCAUCUACUCGGAUGCCAUUGGCGAGGAGAAUGCCUUCCUUUAUAGAACCGGCCUCUACUUGGCCGCUUCGGCCUCGGCCGAAUUCUUUGCCGACAUUGCGCUGGCGCCCAUGGAGGCGGCCAAGGUCAAGAUACAGACAACACCUGGAUUUGCAAAGACGCUACGCGAGGCGUUGCCCAAGAUGACAGCCCAGGAGGGCAUUUCGGCCUUCUACAAGGGUCUGGUGCCAUUGUGGAUGCGACAGAUUCCAUACACCAUGAUGAAGUUCGCCUGCUUCGAGCGCACACUAGAGCUGCUGUACAAGUAUGUGGUCCCCAAGCCUCGUGCUGAUUGCACCAAGGGCGAGCAGCUGAUUGUCACCUUUGCGGCUGGUUACAUUGCUGGUGUCUUCUGUGCCAUUGUCUCCCAUCCCGCUGAUACCGUUGUAUCCAAGCUGAACCAGGCCAAGGGCGCCAGCGCUCUGGAUGUUGCCAAACAAUUGGGCUGGUCUGGACUGUGGGGAGGUUUGGUGCCUAGGAUUGUCAUGAUUGGCACACUGACUGCUGCCCAAUGGUUCAUUUACGAUGCAGUGAAGGUCUUCCUGCGCAUGCCACGCCCACCACCACCAGAGAUGCCCGAGUCCCUUAAGAAGAAGCUGGGCAUUACUGGUCCCCAGUAAGCAAGGUGGAUAGAAGUUAAAAAACGGUUUAAAUUUAGUGCAAACAGAAUAUUGAACGAAUUAACACAGAAUGUAUAGAAAACAAGAUAAAUAAAAACACAUUAAACUAAAACACAA